AAAAGGGGAUAGCCGCGGGGAAUGUGGAGAGCACACGGGCAGGCGGGCAGCAGACUGUAAAACAACCAGAGACGAUGCCUUCACAUUGGAUUACUUGGCAGACACAUGCGGCACGUUCUCGUGGCCCAUGUAAAUGACGCCACACUGCUAUGUUUGCAGUUGCGAAAGGAUAAAUAAAUGCGGCAACAGAGACCCUAAAAUAGACAGUGUGACUUGGCCAGAUACAGUGUAAGGACAGAAUGUGAAAUCCACUUGGUCUAAUUUCUUAAACUGGAACACUGUUAAGAUUUUAAAAGUCAAAGUCUACCUUGCUAAUUUACCCCCAUACGUCAGCAUUUAUGAGGUGUGUGGGCUCGCACGCUGCACCGUGUUUGCCAGAAUUUCCACCAUGAUCUUGUGUGGCUACGUCGGGUAGUUCUAUAAAAUACAGUUGCGAGUUGACUUUCUGCCCGACUGUGGAAUGAAAGCGAUCCGCGUGUCCACGUGUUUGUGCUGUUUGCAUCUCAUUUAAAUAUGCAACGCCGUCUCGCCUAUCAGCUGACGCCAGUCUCAGGCGCAAUCUCCAUUGGCCAUACACGGGUGUGGAAGCACAAAUCGGGAAACCCGGCCACUGUGUACCCGCCCUGCCAGACACGUUGCCUUGGGAGAAGUAACACGGGCACUCGAUUGCAGGUCCUCAUCACUGAAACCACGUCCCCCACAUCAGCAAUUCACUCCGUAAGUGUCCUGGAUUUACCACUGAACAAAGGAAAGUAGCCCGAGCCCCGCUCCAUCCGAGUAAGGUCAGUGAUGCUGAGUGCUGGCUAGAGGAGGCAGCAGGCGAUCGAGCGAGCGAGAGAGAGAGAGUGAUAGAGAGAGCGAGAGAGAGGGAAAGAGAAGAUGUCUUCCUCCGAUUCGGACUACUCUAUUGACUGGCUGGCCAGUGACGAAGAGGAGGAGGAUGCGGGGAGUGAGCAGGGAGGAGGAAGAGGCCUGAGCCUCAGCCUGGGCUCCGACUGCGUGAGGAGGGCCUCCUCCACCACCUCCUUCUCCGCCCUCAUGCUCUCUCGAGCGGAGAGGAGGUGCCCAUCGCCCCCUUCCUCCGCAUCGGGGGAGGACAGCUGGGGGUCCCCUUGUACACGGCAGCUUCAUCACCACGACGGACAGAGUAGUGAGGAUAGCAGCGCGAUGAGGGAAGACGAGGAGCAGGAGAAUCGGGAUGACGACGACGAAGAAGAAGAAGAAGUGGAGGAGGAUGAGGAGGAGAGGAGUGUGGUAGGGAGAAGCGAUGACUAUGACUCCCCCUGGAGCUCCCCGUCCAGCUGUACGACGGGCUCGUACGACGGCUCGGAGUCCCGGACACAGUGCCUGGGGCCCCGGCUGGGUACGGGCACGGACAAGGGCAGGGGGCGCCCCCAAAGAAAAAGACUGGCGGGCCACAAGAGGGCCCGUAGUGGCGCUGAGGGGCCCCAGGAGGAGGAGAGAGAGGAGCAGCGGCCCCUACACAUGCUCCAAACGGACAAGGACCGAUUGUUCGCCAGAAAGUGUUUGGAGCUCCAGAGCUACAUCCCUCCUCUGUCCUCCAUCCUCAGCGGCCUGCAGUCAGGACGAUACCGAGAACGCCUAAGCAGUUUCCAGGAGAGUGUAGCCAUGGACCGGAUCCAGAGGAUAAUGGGCGUCCUUCAGAACCCACAUAUGGGUGAGCGCUACGUGAACACCAUCCUGAAGGUGGAGGAGAUGCUGCAGAGUUGGUUCCCCCACAUCAGGGCCCUUGCUCAGCAUCAGCAGCAGCAGCAUCAGCAUCAGCAUCAGCACCACCCUGACAAGCACACCCAUCCAGACGAUACACAGCAGCCCUGCUCCAAGAAGCAGAAGUUAUCGGCGGCUGGUUACCUUUCGCGUCCCGGUGGCGUUGGCGGUGCCAUGGCGUCGCCCCCAGGGUCGGCGUGCGUGUACCUGGCAGCGGCGGCGGGCCUGGGCAGCAAGGCGGCUCUGUGCGUGCGGGACUUGGGCGCGUCGCCGGGGGGACCCUACUCGGCCACCAGCCUCAAGUGGCUGCACACCUCCCCCAUCUGCUCCCUGGCGGCCGAGCUCCAGGCCCAGGGCGGCGGGUUCGUGUUUGCAGCGGCGGCGGCGUCCUUGCGGGGGCCAGUGCCCGCCUCCGUGCCCUCCAUACCCCCCCUCCACCAGGACGAGGAGGAGGACCCCACGCAGGACAACGCCGUCUCCUCCAGCACGGAUGCCGCCAUGCCCGCAGCGGUCGGUGGCAACGCCAAAGGUGCCGGUGGCACACGGGGCAAAUCGGACUCGGGGCCUGGUGCCGGCGGUUAUGGUGGUGCCCUAAACCCCUUACGACAGCUAGGGGGUCAGCCCCCUCCUCCGUCACUGCCCGCCCCCCACCCGGGCCAGAGCAGACCCCCCCUGGGCAAGAUCAACGCCCCCUGUCUGGAGAGGCUGCUCCGGUCCACGGAGAGCAUCAUCAGCACGCGCAGGGGGUCCGGCGGCAUGGCGGGCAGCGGCUGGUCCUAGUCCACACAGACAUAUGGGUGGGGAUUGAAAACACAUGGGUUUGGAUUCUGACUCUACUGACUCUAGAAGGGGAACUCGGAACUCGGAACUUUGGAAUCAGAAUUAGAAAUCAGGCCACAGCACAGCACUGCCCCCUCCUUGGACCCUCCUCACACAUACGCAAAAUGCUCAUUCUCUCUCUCUAUUACAAACGUACUAGCACAUCAAUAUGCUCAGACCGGAAACACACACACACACACACACACACACACACACACACACACACACACACACACACACACACACACACACACACACACACACACACGUGCAUUCACACAGACAUUCACAAUCUCAGUCUCAGUCAAAGGGAGGGGUUUGCCAUCUCGUGCUGAACAGCCAUUUCCAGCCUCAAGGAAAUAAGUGCAGUACAUGUGCCGGACUACAGGAAGGGUGAGGAAGGGUGUGAGAAAUGGACGGAGAGAGAAAGAGAGAGAGAGAGAAAGAGAGGGGGAGGAAGAGAGAGCGUCUCAGUCAGAUGGGAGAAGAAAAGAGGACUUGUUCCAUACAGAAACAGGGGUGUCUGUGAAAACUGAACUCUCUGUCCUUGUGCGUGUGUGUGUGCGCGUGUGUGUGUGUGUGCGUGUGCGUGUGAGUGAGAGGGAGGGAGGGAGCUGGCUUGUCCUCAUCUGACUCCAGGCUGUAUUUGCAUUCAAUCCCCCCAUCCCCCCCCACCACCACCACCACCACCACCACCACCCCUGCUCUCUGCUGUGGCGUCUUAUUUUUGGUGCGGUUGCAAUUUCCACCCCACACCCCCACUCAAACUCCCUCCCUUCUGGCAGCACCAUUGGUUGACAAUUGGCAGAGGAGGAGGAGAGAUAAGUGGAAUGGCAUGGUGUGGAAAAUGUGUAGAGUGAGGGGGUGUAAAGGGGGGGCAGAUUUCGGAAGAGGGGAGGAAGGACAGGAGUGGUGAGGGGGUUAGAUAGGGGAGAUAGGGGAUAGUUUUCAGAUGUCGAUCUCUCCACUCACAGCAACUCGUCCGCUCCAAUGGCCGAUCAUUCCUCCAGUCAGCAGAUUCAUUUGGGUGGGGGAGUUUGGAAUGGGGUGCGGGAGUUCGGAAUGGGUGUGGGUGGGGGCUGGGGGUGUUAUUGUGUCCAGCUUGAUUCCGCUGCCACAAGGGAGCCCCCCACCGCGUGCACACAUUCGUUACACACACACACACACACACACACACACACACACACACACACACACACACACACACACACACACACACACACACACACACACACACACACAGUAUACACCACACCCAUGGUUGGGGAAAAAAACAGCCAUUGCUACAGAAGGGACGGUGAAGUGAGGGAAUGAGGAAUGAGAAACAGCUUUUGUCUUGUUGUUGUUUUUGGUUAUUUUUCUGUUGGGGAGUAAAUGUAGUUGGUUUCGGACGGGCUGGGUCACUCACACCGGGGACCAGGGAGAGAUAUUGCAUCACUUCAGAUACUCCAGGCUGUUGGCUGGUAAUGUAGAUGUGGUUUCGAACACAACACAACGUACACAACAAAGCAAAAGACGUGGAUUUGAUUGAAUGUGAAUAUAAUAUUUGUCUUUAUUCCUUUAAUCCACUCUUUUUUUUAAAUUAAAAUAAGUUGACUGACGUGACUGUUACUUAGUAGACAUCGUUAAGAUCGUUCAUGUGUUCAUAAGUCUCUUUCUCUCUUAUUGGUACAACGGUCCUACCUCGGGUGACAACCUUGACUUUGGAGAUCAGGGGGCUAUAGCCCUGUCAUUUAACCAGCCACUGAGCCCAACAAGAGGAAGGUGACCACAUCUACAAUCCACCCACCUACUCCCCAUAGAUAUUGACCCCCACCCCCACAUGCCUCUGCCAUUCCCCAG